ACCCACCAUGGUCAAGAAAGUGGCAGUAAUUGGAGCUGGCGUAAGUGGCCUGUCCUCUAUCAAGUGCUGCUUGGAUGAGAACCUGGAGCCCACCUGCUUCGAGAGAAGUAGUGACUUCGGCGGACUGUGGAAGUAUGCUGACACUUCCCAGGAUGGGAUGACCAGGGUUUACAGGUCACUAGUGACAAAUGUCUGCAAGGAAAUGUCAUGUUACAGUGACUUCCCAUUCCAAGAAGAUUACCCCAAUUUCCUGAGCCAUGAAAAAUUUUGGGACUAUCUCAGAGAAUUUGCUGAGCACUUUGACCUCCUGAAAUAUAUUCAGUUUAAGACUACUGUGCGCAGUGUAACAAAGCGCCCAGACUUCUCUGAAACUGGCCAGUGGGAUGUUGUCACAGAGACAGAGGGCAAACAGGACAGAGCUGUAUUUGACGCUGUUAUGGUUUGCACUGGGCAAUUCCUGAGCCCACAUUUACCUCUGGAGUCCUUCCCUGGAAUCCACAAGUUUAAAGGACAGAUCCUACACAGCCAAGAGUACAGGAUUCCAGAUACCUUUCGGGGCAAGCGCAUCUUGGUGGUUGGUCUUGGAAACACUGGCGGGGACAUCGCAGUGGAGCUCAGUAGAAUAGCAGCUCAGGUGUUUCUCAGCACUAGAACUGGAGCCUGGGUUCUAAGCCGCCUCUCAGAUGGUGGCUACCCUUUGAAUAUGAUGAUGACAAGAUGGAAUAAUUUUCUUGCACAAGUUCUGCCUUCAUGUUUUGUAAACUGGAAUAAAGAGAGGCAAAUGAAUAAAAUACUCAACCUCGAGAAUUAUGGAUUAAACAUUGCAAAAGGGAAAAAACCAAAACUUAUUCUGAAUGAUGAACUACCAUCCUGCAUCCUCUGUGGGAAAGUCACCAUGAAAGGCGGCGUGAAAGAUUUUACAGAAUCCUCUAUCAUCUUUGAAGAUGGGACAACAGAAGUCAGCAUUGAUGUAGUGAUCUUCGCUACAGGCUAUGAAUUUUCUUUUCCCUUUUUUGAAGAACCUCUCAAAAGCCUUUGUACAAAGAAGAUCGUCCUAUAUAAGCAAGUCUUUCCCCCAAAUUUGGAGAGAACGACAUUAGCCAUCAUUGGCCUCAUCAGUCUUACUGGGUCUAUCUUAGUGGGCACAGAGUUUCAAGCACGGUGGGCCACAAGAGUAUUCAAAGGACUCUGUAGCAUACCUCCAUCUCAGAAACUGAUGGCUGAAGCCAUUAAAAAGGAGCAGCUCAUUAAGAGGGGUGUGAUUAAAGAUACCAGUCAAGACAAACUGAACUUCAUUUCCUACAUGGAUGAGCUCACUCAGUGCAUAGGCGCGAAGCCCAACAUCCCACUUCUGUUCAUUAAGGAUCCAAGAUUAGCUUGGGAAGUUUUCUUUGGACCAUGUACCCCUUACCAAUACCGCCUAGUGGGCCCUGGAAAAUGGGACGGAGCCAGAAAUGCCAUCCUGACCCAGUGGGACAGGACCAUGAAACCAUUAAAAACUCGAAUCAUUCCUAAGUCCCCCAAGCCUGCCUCCCUCUCGAGUUACUUAAAAGCUUGGGCAGCACCUGUGCUGAUUGUCUCUCUUUUACUUUUCUACAAAUCUUCACUUUUUCUUGAAUUGGUGCGAGGGAAGCUACAAGGAAGAUUUUCCCCUUACCGAAUACUAUGGUACAUCCCCCAGAAUUCAUGAGUUAGUCUCCAGUUUGGCAAUGAAGGAAGUCAUCUGGGACACCCUCUCAAACAGAUUAGAGUUGCUCUCAA